AUUUCACCGAAAUCGCAUGUUCAUUAAUAUGUACCCUUAACCGGACGCGAAAAUGUUGAUCAUUCUUCUCUUUUAUUCUGCGAGACUGAGAUACAGAAAACCCAUUUGCGGUCUUGCUUUAGUAAGUACACCACAAGAGAGGGAGAGGUUCAUUGCUUCAUCUUAUUCGCCGAUCGCAUCUCCACAGCAAACUCAACAACCUCGAGGAUGGCUCACUCUCACUCUGCUCAAAACCCAGUGAUUGAGCAACAGAGAGUGAUAAUUCCAAACAAGCAUGGAGAAAAACUGGUGGGCUUAUUGCAUGAAACUGGGUCUAAAGGGAUUGUAAUCUUAUGUCAUGGUUUCAGAUGCAACAAGGAACAUAAUACUAUGGUGAACCUUGCCGCUGCUUUAGAGAAAGAAGGAAUCAGUGUCUUUCGUUUUGAUUUUGCUGGAAAUGGAGAAAGUGAUGGUUCAUUUCAGUAUGGUAACUAUACCCGAGAAGCUGAUGAUUUACAUGCCGUAAUUCAACACUUUUCUGGGAAAAAUCGUGUGGUAAGUGCGAUUCUUGGGCAUAGUAAAGGAGGAGAUGUAGUGCUUCUUUAUGCUUCUAAAUAUCAGGAUAUCCAUUUAGUUGUCAACGUUUCUGGCCGCUAUGAUUUGAAGAGAGGCAUUUCAGAACGCUUGGGAGAAGACUUUAUGGAAAUAAUUGAGAAGGAUGGAUACUUUGAAGUUAAGAAUAAGAAAGGAGGUGUUGAAUACCGUGUGACUGAGGAAAGCUUGACGGAGCGUUUAAGAACAGAUAUGCAUGAAGCUUGCAUCAAGAUGGAUAAAGAAUGUCGGGUCUUGACUGUCCAUGGAUCUGCUGAUGAAAUAAUUCCCGUUGAAGAUGCAUUGGCGUUUGCCAAGAUUAUACCUAAUCACCAAUUACACAUUGUAGAAGGAGCCAAUCAUGGAUACACCUCGCAUCAAACUGAGUUGGCAUCGAUUGUUCUGAACUUUAUAAAGUCAGCCUUAGAGCAAGACAGAGUUGUUGCAAAAUAGGCAAUUUUGUGAACAAAGGAUAAGCUUUUAAUUUGAAGUUCAAUUUCGUCAUGAUGUUAGGCAUUUAAUUUUUCUCCUCGCAACAAACAUGAUACAAGUGUCUGGAGGAAUUUUCCCGCAAUGUAAUACAAAAGAAACUGUAGCUUAAAAUAGAUAAAAAGACUGCAAAUAU